UGACGCUUUAAAUCGAUCUAUUUUUAUCUACAUUAAAUCCUGAAUUGCCUCAGAUCAGACACUGAUUCUAUCAGACUCUAUCAGAGAUGUUGAGGAAUAUGGAGAUGAAUCUGAUGCUGUCAGCGCUGCUGCUGAUCUGCUCGUGGGGAGGAAGGGCACAGGAAUUCAUGUCACCCAGUGUAAACAUUAUUGCUGAACUGGAGAAAAUAAAGCUUAUAGAGGAGAGACUGAAGAGCCAGGACACCACAGUGACUCUACUGAACUCUUCGGUGGAAGAGCUGAAGAGGGAGAAUGCAGCUCUGAAAACAAUGGCUGACACCUUCCAGAAGAAGCUGUAUUCACUGCAGCAGGAAAACGAGGCCAGAAAGGUGGCCUUUUCUGCUUCACUGUUAGACUCUGGAACUGGACACACUGGACCCUUCAGUUCUGUAAAAUCUCCACUGAUCUACAAAAAAGUCUUCAGCAACUACAGAAACGGCUACGACUCCAGUACAGGGAUUUUCACCGCACCACUGAAAGGAGUGUACUACUUCAGAUUUUACGCUCAUUGCCACGGAGGCCACAGACUGUCCGUCAGUCUGUAUAAGAACGAUCAGCGGCAGUGCUCGGUGUACACACACAAACCUCCAACCAAUAGCAAUGCUGGAAACGGGAUCGUUCUCACUGUAGAGGAGGGAGAUCAGAUCUACACCAAGCUCAGUGCUAAUAGCUGGGUUUAUGACGAUCCGGGAAGCUACACCAGUUUCAGUGGAUUUUUGCUUUUUCCUUUGUAAUCGUCCGUCUACAAGAAUCUACAGUAAAACUCUACAUUGUAGAUUAAUAUUAAAUACAUAAAAAACAACAAGGGACACAUAUGGAAUUACGUAGUAAACAGUAACAAUAAAAAAAAGUGUCUGUCUUCCACAA